UAAAAAUAUUCGAACCACAUUUAUGGCUGAACUGCGCCUCACGCUGAUGACGUAAUCAGACCUCAGCAACAAGAGCCUAUAAUGUGUGAUACACAGCGAGUGGUUCGAGUGUUGUCUGUAUUCCGGUCCAUUUCUAAUGCAUAAAGGCUUUGUUAAAAACAGGUGAAAAUGGCUCAAUGAAAGAGUGCAGCCGAGGUAUGGUCAUCAUAAAAGUUUCCUGUCAAUGAUAAUGCCUCCAAGGAAGAGACCCCUCAUUCCUCUUAGCUCAAGACGGCGGCCAAAAGAUGGUGACGAUUACUUCCAAUUCAACUUGCUACCAGUGGAGUGUCAGCUUCAUGUCCUUUCAUUCCUAAAUGAGGUGGACAAGUGUAACUCUGCUCUUGUGUGCUCUAGCUGGAGCUGCCUGGUGCGCUUUGGAAAACUGUGGAGAGUUGCAGACUAUUCUCGCCGUGGAGUGUUCCGUCUUGGACAGGAGGGACUACUCGUAUCCAACAGAGAAUUUGAGCGCUGGAAGGCAUGGGUUCACCAUUAUACUCACCAUCUCAUAUCUCGUGGGGCUAGUCUGCUUACUCUCAAAGCAAGCUUUGAUUUGGGGGACCAGUGUAAUAAAUGGGGAGAACUCCUCUCUCAUCUGUUGGAUAACGUCCACUGUAGGGAUCUCAGUCAUUUAGACUUGAACUGGACAUUCACUCUGUUGGAGCCAUUGGACCUCAGAGUCAACUCUGGUUCUAGCUCACACCAGGACGUCAUCACUAAAAUGGACCAAGUUAAUAAUUUCCAGAUCCUUUUAGCUAAGAUAGCCCAGAGCUGCCCGCGUAUCACUAAGAUGCGACUGCACUUUGAUUGGUCUGACAAGUCAGUAGCUUUAAUAGCUCAAUUUCAGCACUUGCGUACGUUGGAACUUAAGUACUUCUGGGUCUUUAAAGGGGUUAGCCCAAACACAUUACAGACACUGACAAAAUCUCUGCCUAACCUCAAGUCCCUUACUCUUAAUGUUUUAGUGCCACUUCGGAAUUUGGGCAUUUCAUAUACUCUUGAAUCUCUGUCCCUCGAGUUCCUUGAUGUUUCCCUCAGCCGAGGGCUGGUCUUUUCUUGCCUCAAACUACCUGCACUGAGAGAGUUGCGGGCUAAAAAGAUUGUACGGGGGAUUACUCUAGAUCGCCGGACCAGGCUUCAAAUCCAGAGCAGGUGGCCAUGCCUGUAUCAGGUCUUGCAGGAGGGAACCCCCAAGCUACAGGUGCUCAACAAUGAACGACUCCUUCCAAACUGGAAAGAGCAGACUUACCAUGAGCUCACUUCUAUUCUCCAGCAGUCUUGUUACUGCCUGCAGCAUCUGGACAAUUGGAUCUGGUAAAAAAAAAAAAAAAAACAGCACAAAACCUUUUACACUUGUUGAAACAAGGGUUAUGAGAAUCCAUUGUGAAACUGAUUAACAUCUGUAAUUAUUUAUUAAACAUGUAUACUGAUUGUCAACACAAUAAGCCACUCUAAAAGUGAAAGAUGCAUUAGGUCAGAUGUAAGGUCAGUUGUUUUGAAAUUUCAGACAAAAUACCUCGGGACUUUAACAAAAUAGGAUAUUUUAUAUUUGCAACACAGUUUGGUUUUAUCUGGUAAGUUAAAUUGCUCUAGUCAAACUGAUCACCUGGGGGAUGGAAAGCAAUUCAGGGUCUAGAACUUGGUUUGUACACUGUGCCAGUGUGUCAAUACAGAGGCCUUUUGGAAUCGGUAUUUGUCAUCGGUCUUUAGUUUUAGUUUGUUUUUGUCUGUGUCUUUUCAUGUACCAACAGAAAGGCUAUUGAGGUUUAAGAGGUGUGUGUGUAGUGUAAACCAGGCCUAAAUAUUUCUAAGAUUUUCAAAAAAAAUAGUUUUAGUAAUUUUUUUUUAAGUUCUGUUUUAAUUUUUUUUCAUUGGCUUUCAUUAUAUUAGUCUAAAAACUUUUAAAAUUAGGGGCUUAACUUGCACCAACUAAGCAGUAUGUUCACAUACUGCUUAGUAUAUACAGUCUAUACACUUUUGCCACAUUCUUUAUUGACUUAACCCAGGAGCAUAACUGACCUCACAAAAUCUUAUCAACCUUUAUGUGCUGCCAUAAGUUUUAGCUUUCCCAAUGAUUUGUGAAUAAACCUUACAGUUUACAGUUAAAUCUUACUUUCCCCCCUAAAUGUAAUGCAAAAUGAGUUAGUAGACCUGUCGACAUUUUUUUUGAAGAAUGGUGGUUGCAAAACAUCCAUGGAAAAAAAGAUCUAAGGGACCAACUAAUGUGAAAUGUUUUUUUCAUAUAUUGCAUAUAGACACUGAUCAGCCAUAAUAUCCAUGCUCCUGCCAGGUGAACUGAUUACCAGGUGAAUAACACGGAUUAGCAAUACACCUGCAAACUAGUGACAGGAUCAUAGGCUCAUAGGAUCCCAGUCCUGAUUAAGCACCCCACAACCCACAGGACCCAAAUGAUCUUCUGCUAAUGCAGCACACACAGAAUCCCUGCGGCGCCUAAGCACGGAACACAACAGGAACCCAAAUCCUAGAAGGUGUUAAUAAUGUUAAUGUUAUUGCAGAUUAGUGUACAGUUUCCUAUGUAUCAAAUGUUUAUGUACAGAGAGAAACAGUCUUGCAUGUGUAGUUCUUCAUACUUAUCCAUAGAGGUCCUCUUAGCUUCAGGAUUUGUACUACCAUUAGCAUUUUCCUCUGGGUUUAUUACCCUAAAUUAUUAGGUUGCAAAUUGCACUGAUUUUUUUUAUGCUUAAAGGCAAUCAAGUAAUUCAGUGAUUCUGAAUUGUUAAUGAAUGCAAAAAUAAAACUGACUGGUUUGACUGUC